AAUAGAAGAUGUUUGGAGGAGUUAUUAGAGAUCAUGAUUUAAUCAAAUGAUUUAAAUGAUCCGCGGAUUGGACUUCUGAGCCUCCGUAGUUACUGAUGAUAUGGUAUUAGACUCUAACCCUGAGUAGAACACAGAGUGAAUUAAUUAAAUAAAACAAAAUGAUAAUCUAAUGAACACUUUGUUUCCUCGUGACGACUCACGAGCUCUAAACUGUAAGAGCGCGUGAAUGCAGCUUUUAUUUUGAAGUAAGAAUUUGACAUUGAAGUGGACUUCCUGCCUGAACUGUCUACGACUUUACUUUGAAAAGCCAGACCGGAUGUGUGCUUGUUGUUUAUAUAUCUUCCUCCUCCGGUUCGUCUCACCGACUGUUCGCCACAAACUGAACCCGACAAUGAUCGCUCUCCUGCGGCCUCUCUGUGUGCUCCUCCUCGGACUCCUCGGGGUCUGCCUCCCGGUCUCCUCCUCCUCCUGCAGGGUCCGGAUCCCCCCUCACGACCAGGUGGCCCGGGUAGCCCGCUUCGUAGCCCACCAGGUGGACUGGGCCUCCAUGGCCACCAUCUCCACCCACAAGCCGGUGGUGGGUCAGCCGUUCUCCAACACCUUCUCGGUCAGCGACGGACCGGAAGGCUCCAGUACCGGGAUCCCCUACAUGUACCUGACCCACAUGGAGGUCUCUGUGAAGGACCUGGAGGUGAACCCUCAGGCGUCUCUCUCCAUGUCUCUGGCUCAGACUGAUUACUGCAGACAGCAGGGCUUCGACCCUCAGAGUCCUCUCUGCGCUCACAUCAUCCUGUCUGGAUCUGUGAUGGAGGUGAACGGGACGGAGGCGGACUUUGCUAAGAAGGCUCUGUUCAGUCGACACCCGGAGAUGAUCGACUGGCCCACUGAUCACAACUGGUUCUUUGCCAAGUUCAACAUCACUCAGGUGUGGGUGUUGGAUUAUUUUGGCGGGGUGAAGACGGUCACUCCAGAGGAAUACUUCCAGGCAGAUCCACACAGGAAGCACCACUGACGGUCAGACUGCUGGUUCUUGUAGUUCUACAAUAAGUGGACUACAAAUAUCGAUCAAAACUACAAAAUGAGUCGAUCUUAAAACAUGUUUAGAGUGUUUUUUAAAGGUUCAUUUCACAAAAUAACAUAUCAGUGAAGUGUGAAGAAUCUCAGGUUUCUGUGACGAUCACAUUUUAAAAACUUUUCAUGAAUAAGAAGCCGCCUGCAGUGUGUGAGUUUGACCACAAGAGGGAGCCGCUGAGCUGAUAAUACGACCUCUACAUGUUUAGUUUAGUGAAGGUUGAAGUCAAAGUGCCUCUUUAUGUUUUUAUAUAUUUACUCCAACAGGAAACACGCUUUAUUUUGAAAGUGUGUUUCCUUUUCUUUGUGUUUGUUUUGUGACGUCAGACUCCUGAACACGCCAAACCUCAGUCUUAUAAACGCUGAUUUAAAGAUCUGACCACAAAGAAGUGCACUUUAUAACGUGAUGAGAUGAGCCAGGCGAGGAAACAGUUUGAAUAAAUAUUAAAGAAUAUUAGAAUCAAAUAUUUGACGUCUUUAAUUCAAGAAGUCGUUCUUCAAUCACAUUCAGUGUUUGUUGUUCCCAUCAGCUUAAAGUUAUUAACAAGAAGAACUUGCAGGUUUGAUUCUUUCAAAGACUACAUCUCCCAGGAUUCUUAGCGGUCAGCAGGCCUCGUGGGGGCUGUAGUUCUUGAAUGCUAACAAA